AUGAUCAUCAUGGUGACAAUUUUCCUGUUUCUCAUUGGGUCAGCUGUGGUAUUGCAAGCAAAUUUAUGUCUGGAAGAAGAAACAGUUUUACUUCUCCCACCUGUAAACUUCACUCUUCUAGUCACUGGUUUAUCUGAAGUUCUUUUACGAUGGAGACCAAAUCCUAACCAGGAUCCAAAGAUCAAUAGCCUAAAAUAUAAAGUGAGAAUUAAUACUCCAAAUGAGGAUGAUUAUGAAACUAAAAAGACCCAAAGCACAAGUGUAAAUGUACUUCACAGAGGAUUUUCGGCAAGUGUGCAGACAAUUCUUCAUUGUGGUUCCAAUUUUUUCCAAAGUAGUUGGGUUUCAGCUGAGCUUCAAACCCCUCCAGGAGCUCCUGGGACAUCAGCUGUGAAUCUGACUUGUGUCACCAACAUCUUGCAGGAUAAUGUGUCACUCUUUUGUACCUGGUUUGUUGGCAAGAAUGCCCCAGAGGACACUCAGUACUUCCUUUUCUACAGGUUUAACAAACAUACUGAAGAAUGCCAAGAAUAUAGGAGAGAUUUGUGGAAAAGAAAUAUAGCUUGCUGGUUUCCAGAGACUACCAUUGAUAGAAAAGGACGUGGGCAGCUGGCAGUACGCAUUAAUGGUUCAAGCAAACAAAUUGCCAUCAAACCAUUGGAUCAGUUGUUUGAGCUUCAUGCUAUUGAUCAAGUGAAUCCUCCAGUGAAUGUCACUGCAAAAAUGGAAGGAAAUCAUCUGUUUAUACAAUGGGAGAAGCCAGUUUCUAACUUUCCUAGAAAAUGUUUUGAUUACGAAGUGAACAUCUACAAUAUUAGAAAGGAUUAUUCAUGGGUAAUUCUAAUAGCUGCUGUUGCAUAUACUUUGGAGGACUUUGCUGACUAGUUACUACUAUUUUCCUGAUUGAACCAUGAUGUUUUAGAAGUCAAGGAUGGAGCUUCAAUUUCACAAACCAGCUGGCUGCCACAGGCACAUUUCUUUGCUCUCUUUCUCUCCAAAUUCCUUGAAGCAGUUGUCUCUAUUCUUUACAUUCUUUACAAUGUCCCUACUUCUUUACAAUCCACUAUCUCCUCUGUCCCUUAUAGUCUGAUUUUUGGCCAUUUAUCCACAAAA